AUGGUUAGAACGAGAGGUUUAGGUCGUGCAUUAGGUAGGGGUAUAGGCAAAGGCCGGGGUGGACAGGAUGAGCAUCAUGCAGAUGAUGUUCCCCGGCGGCGUAGGUCUACCGUAUCCGUCCGUAGGCAACGGGUACAUGUUUCUGUUGCUGAGGACGUUGCUGAUAUGACUGAGGAUGUUCCUCAGAUGACUGAGGAUGUUCCUCCGAUGACUACGGACGUACCUGCAGCUGGUGUAGAGGGCUUAGCUAAUGAUGUUGCUACAGGAUCAGUUGCUAAUCAUGCUAAGGGAUUCCUAGGUGGGCCGCGGGACCCAUCAGUGCUGACUUCAUUUGCGGAGCAUGUUGCAAACAACAUAUGGACUGGAGAGGAACGUUCUGAAUUGAAGCUGGUCUCCCACGGAAGGAAGCUAGAAAAUUUGGGAGGACAGCGCUUGAGAUUCACCUUCCACAACUUUGAGCCUUUAGUUGUGGACGAGGUGGUCGUCUUGUUGAUUGAGUUGCUUAAGGUUUUGGGUGAGGAGGCUAGAGCUGAGAUUGUACGGGCGCAUGGGGCAUAUGUACGCCUGUGGAUUGUAGUAGCUAAUGCUUAUCUCCUCCACUUGGUUGGUUGCACUCUUUUUGCUAACAAGAGUGCAACACAUGUUCAUGUAGUGCAUCUGGAGGCUUUUCGAGACCUGAGUGAGAGUGGGAGCUAUGCCUGGGGAGCUGCCGCGCUGUGUUGGAUAUAUGAGCACUUUCCUAGUGUCCAUGACUGUGUCACUGACGAUACGUAUGAUGAGACAUCCCCACGUGCCUGCCGGUGGCUUAUGACGAAGGCUUAUAUAAAGGGAUUACCAGCAGCGCCCUACCAAACACGUUUAGAUGCUUUGACAAUCACUGACGUGUGCUGGAUGCCCUAUGGUGGGGCCAGCUUAGAUGGGGUCCUAUUAUGGUCACAGUUCAACCAGAGAAGGUGGUACGACAGUUCGGCCACGUUCAGACCAUCGCCUGUUAGUGCCUCCUUGUCAUAUGAGGAUAUCGAUGACCAGUGGAUGCAUUACUCGGACCAUCUAGCAAUUGCGGGUGAGAUUUUUGAUGUGCUUGGGCAGGUAUCAACAGAUUACAUGGAGUGGUUCUUUCGGAUAUCUCAUCCCUUCAUCACACCCACACAGGCAGGUGAUGAGCCUAGACAUCCACCUGCCCCACAGCAUGAGGAAUACAUCGAGCUAGGUAUCCCGGAGGUUCAAGUGGGAGAAGGAGGUGGACCGUCAAAGGCAUCUGAUCCCCCUAGACACGUUGUGGAUGCUUAUGAAGGUUGUGAAGCGAUCAGAGAAAUAUUGGAGCGUGUGCUCAACCUAAGGAUGGUCACUGAAGGCACAGAGUUACAUGAUUUCAUGGAAGAUUGCCUCAGGAUUGCUAGGGGUGACAACUCAGAUGGAAAUGUUAGGGCGCGAUGA